UUUUUCCAGAAAAUGCGGAAGUGAAAACAUGUAAUUUGAUACCAUUUCGGAGGACAGGAGUGGGCGAGAAUAAUUGCUCGUUUACAAUAUAAUAAAAGUAUGGGAAAUUAAAUAGCUUAGCGGAAUAUAUCGCUCAAUCAAAACAUAACGGCAGCCGAGUUGAAAUGGAGAGCCGUCGCACAGUAACACGAAGGUCGAAAAAUCAACGCAUCCGACUCAUCAAAUGACAUCGCCACACGCUCGUUUGCCAACCUGUAGCCUAGGUGUGGUGGGCUCGAGGGCGGUCAGUGUUUGGUGUCAACAAACGAACACUUCCACAUCGUCGCGCUCGGAUUCUUCCACGGAGGCAGAGGGACUGACGCUGGGACGGACAUAGUCGCCCCCAUGCCCCGCUUCCCGGGGAGGACUGCGGACGUGGCCGCUAACCUGACUUCCCCCGUGCUGGGUCGGCCACUGUGCGCUAACGGGACGCCCUGGAUCCUCUACCUGUUUGAGGAAUGCGUGGAGAAUGUGUGGGAAUACUGGAGCGUAGUCAUCGGGCUGAUUUCAAUGUUCUGUUUCUUGCUGUCUACUCUACCGCAAGUCUAUGAGGCUUAUCGUAAUGGUAAAGUGGAGGAGGCCAUGUCGUUUGGCUUUCUGCUCUUCCUCUUCAGUGGGGACCUCAGCAGUCUAAUAGGCUGCGUCCUGACCAGCCAGCUGCCCAUCCAGAUUGUGACAGUAGUGUUCUACAUCUUCACUGAUCUCCUGCUCAUCUCCCAGUUCCUCUACUACAAGAUAAAGAACAACUCAUCUAAAAAGCGCCCCACGUUGAAGUGGUUGUGUUUCCUGUGGUGCGGAGCUUCCACUGUGGCCCUCCUGAUCCUCCCCAAGUUCAUCACUGACAACAACCCCUCUGCCAACACUCAGAGUGCCUCUAACAGCGUGGAGAUCUCUGGUUAUGCCUGUGGAUAUGUGGCCUCCAUAUUCUACCUCUCCUCUCGUUUUCCACAGCUCUACAAAAAUUUUAAGCGGCAGUCUACAGAGGGCACGUCGUACAUGCUGUUUGCCCUGGCCAUGCUGGGCAACGGGACCUACGGGCUCAGUGUCAUUGUGGUUCUACCAGCUCUGGCCGGCUCCAAACAGACCUUCAUCCUCAAACAUCUGGCCUGGCUCAUCGGCAGCCUGGGAGUCCUCCUCCUAGACUUCCUUGUCACCGCCCAGUUCAUCAUCUAUAGGAAGAACCACUCCGCUAAAACCAGCAAGAAGAUGAACGUUCCUGAAGUAGAACCUCUGCUCUGUGAAGAGGAGGAACUGUCCACGUUCUAGAGUGAGAACAUUAUGGAAGUUCUAGAGUGAGAACAUUAUGGAAGUUCUAGAGUGAGAACAUUAUGGAAGUUCUAGAGUGAGAACAUUAUGGAAGUUCUAGAGUGAGAACAUUAUGGAAGUUCUAGAGUGAGAACAUUAUGGAAGUUCUAGAGUGAGAACAAUAAGAUAAUUCUAGAAAUCCUCUCCAUAAUCAAUCAAUCAAAUGUAUUUAUAAAGCCCAUUUUACAUCUGUAGAUGUCACAAAGUGAUAUAUGUAGAAAAUCAGCCUCAAACAGCAAGCAAUGCAGAUGUAGAAGAACGAUGGCUUGGGGAAAACUCCCUGUUGACUGGAGACCUGCACUAAUCCGACAGAUGUGAUGGUACACCAAUGUUCCCUCCUCUGAAAUACAGGUGAAUUACAGGCGUUUUAUAUUUGAGGAAUGUAAUCUCAGUAGAACUAUUCUCUCUCUCUUUGUAAGGGGGGGGGUCAUGUGAUCUAUUCACUAUGCCAUUUCCUCGUACGCCUCAGGCCUAUUGGCUGUGUCAGUGUCUCACAUUGCUCUGGUCUAGUUUGUCAACGGUUAGAGCUCUUGUGUUUUCCAGGAUGAGAUAUGCAAUUUGAACUGUUCACGCAGCGUUGUCGUCUAGGUAGACCGUAGAGGAGGGGGCCACACCAGUUGUCGUCUAGGUAGACCGUAGAGGAGGGGGCCACACCAGUUGUCGUCUAGGUAGACCGUAGAGGAGGGGGCCACACUAGUUGUCGUCUAGGUAGACCGUAGAGGAGGGGGCCACACCAGUUGUCGUCUAGGUAGACCGUAGAGGAGGGGGCCACACUAGUUGUCAUCUAGGUAGACCGUAGAGGAGGGGGCCACACCAGUUGUCGUCUAGGUAGACCGUAGAGGAGGGGGCCACACCAGUUGUCGUCUAGGUAGACUGUAGAGGAGGGGGCCACACCAGUUGUCGUCUAGGUAGACCGUAGAGGAGGGGACCACACCAGUUGUCGUCUAGGUAGACCGUAGAGGAGGGGACCACACCAGUUGUCGUCUAGGUAGACCGUAGAGGAGGGGACCACACCAGUUGUCGUCUAGGUAGACCGUAGAGGAGGGGACCACACCAGUUGUCGUCUAGGUAGACCGUAGAGGAGGGGACCACACCAGUUGUCGUCUAGGUAGACCGUAGAGGAGGGGGCCACACCAGUUGUCGUCUAGGUAGACCGUAGAGGAGGGGGCCACACCAGUUGUCGUCUAGGUAGACCGUAGAGGAGGGGACCACACCAGUUGUCGUCUAGGUAGACCGUAGAGGAGGGGGCCACACCAGUGGCUGUUCCUGUAUGUACGUUUAAAAAUGUCAUAUGUUGGCACUAUUGUCGCAAAGUAGUGGGCUGCACCCGCAGUAAUGUAUUUAGUUAUAGUUUACCCUGGUUUUGUUCUAUGAGCAGAUUCUGUCGUAGUUAAAUAUAUAAGUUGGUAAAUUGCUUGGAGUGUUUACACAGUAUUUAGAUGGUGAAAUAGCAGUGGGUUAAGCCUGAUAUCCUGUGCCUUGCAUCUACAUUAACAUGAAUGUGUUGCUGCAGUGCUGAAGGCUGUUUGACGUGUUCAAUGCUGCUGCUUUUAAAAACCAACAGUUCUUUGGCUGAAAUCUAACCGUUUUAACUGAACAGCCUGUUCUCCUUAUCUCCUCUCCUUCUCUCCUCUGGCCCAGUUUAUUUUACUUUCAGUGUCCACAAAGGAACUGAGGAAGGAUUUUUUUUUUUUUUUUACAGUAUUGAGUCACAGCCGUCAGCAUUGAGUUCACCCCUUAUUUUGGAGUUGUGUCCAGGGAUGUGUUCAUUAGGAACCAAAUGGAACAAAAUGGGGAAGCGGCCUACCUGAAUUUGUCCAAUAGAAACACUCGUUUUCGUUGCAAAAUAUUUUCGUUUAAGAGUAAUAAGCGUUUCGAAACGGAAACCGUUUACUCAAAAAUUGAAAAUGUUGUGUGACUAAUGAAUACACCCCAGUCUUCUAUUUGUGUAGUCACAUGUUCAGAAAGUGUUGGAUCGAGGUUGUGUCAUAACUUGGUAACAUGGAGUCAUGAUGAGGGAAUAGAACUACGGGAGACCAACGAUUCGUUACGUUUUUGUACUGGUCACAUCACUGUUGUUAGUGUGUCACAGAUUUUCUCUACCUCCAAGUCUUUCAGUGAGGGGGUUUGUUUUAUCUGGCCCGGGUUACCCCGGUGGGGAGUUUGAGCUGGGUGAAAAGUGAUUGUAUUCAUUUUGGAAUCAGGCUGCCUCCUGGGUGUGCCCCACUCUGGUCGCCGGUGAAGGUGGCUCAAAACAAAAACGAGGUAAUUAAGCGCGUGGAAAGAUGGGUAGGAUUCUGUUUUCACAUGCUAAAGUGAUUGCUUUUGAUUAUUAUGAUUUUCACUUUCUGCCUUCUCAAUAAAAACUACUUUGACUAUACAAACAUUUUAUUUUAAUGGAAAAUAUAUGUAUGUUUCGUGACGAUGCACCAUGCUGCCUUGUUGACAUGACCGAGUGGCUCAGAGUACUGUUUGAUUUGAGAAAGGCGCUCCUGCAUCCCUGCUAUUUCACCCGAUGACGUGAUGGGCCAUUGCCCGGGUUCAACCUGGGCCAGUGUAAUAGAAUGCCCUAUAUAUAUAUAUAUAUAAGGGGGAGUGCUUGUGGGCGCAAAACAUGACAACAUGAUGUGACUUAAGUAUUUAUUGGUAGAAAUAGUCUUGAGUUACAGCUGGGCUUUAAUAAGCACAGUUGUGAUUGGUGGACUUUCCAUGUGAAAAAUAAGGAGUAUUUCUACUUGUACCUGAUGUAUUGGAAAAGCUCAAAAUGUGGUCUUUUUUGGGGGAAAAAUAGCUGAUUUCAAAAUGGCCGCCCAGCAAAUGAUUGUGGCCAUGGUCAUGAAACGUCAGGAAAGCCAUGAACGAAGAGACAUUAUGAUGCCACUUAUUUUCUCCGAUAAACCUGUAGAUAGUUGCAGAUUUUGUUGAUUAUUUUUAAAGGUAAUUAUCGGUUGUUUCAGACAACCUUUUUUUUUUUUUCUCUCCUUUCUCUUUAGAAAAUAAGUUUCAUUCUGGUUUGCUCAAAACCUGGCCCUCUCUUCAAUGUGUUUUCUAUAGACAUUUUUUUUCCAAACAAUAGAAUGAAAUAAUGAGAUUUAUUUACAGUCUCAAAAGAACAAGGAAAAUGUAAAAAUUAUUUUUACUUGAAUAAUGACACACUGUAUUGCUCUUUUAAGAUACACAUGUAUUUAUAUUUAUACUUAAGAUAACAUGGUAUUGGAUUUUCCUUAUGCUUUGGCCUAUAUGUUACUUGCAAUAUUUAUGUCAUUGAUGAUAAUGUCCCAGUAUCUCAGCUUUUGUAGUUCAUUCCAAUAUGAUGCUUUAUGUAACAAACAUCUCAAUAAAGUCUGAAUUAUA